UAGUUUUAUCUAAAAAAAAUAGUGAAUUAAUAAUAAUAAUAAUAAUUGAAAUUUUUAUUUCAAUUAUCACUUACUUAACAAUCGUCUACUAUAUAGUUGUGAUGAUUAUAACCACCAAUUGUCACAUCAAUUGAUCCCAAAAAAAAAAAAUCUCAAUCGACAACAACAACACACCCGAUGUUUAGUAGUGGCCAUCACUGACCCGUCGAUUGAUUGACUCACUCACUCACUCACUCACUCACUGACCGCGAUUGGCCAACACGUGUAUCUGUUUGUUGUCAUCCAUCAAAAUCAUCCGUCAAAGAGAUCCGCCAUCUAAUUUGAUUGUCAUCUCGUCUUCUUAACCGUGAAUGUGCUGUUGUUGUUGUCGUUGUCAUCGUCAUCACCAAUGAAAUUGAUUGGCAAUGAUAUGAUGGCCAACAAUAGCACGAACAACGCCGCCGCCGUCGCCGCCGCCACCAUCACGACUGCCGCCGCCAUUACCAAUCCAACCGCUGCCGAAGAUAUCACUGACUGUAUGUUUACCGUCGGCAGUAUCGUCUCGUGUCUUACCUGUUAUGAUCAACGGGUCGACGGAGAGGUCAUAGCGUUUGAUUACACUAAACGUUUGCUGAUCUUAAAGUCCAACAGUACCGACGGCAAUGUCAAUCACAAUGACAUUCACUGUCUGAAUCUGGAAUCGGUUAAAGAUGUGACCGUCAAGAAUGAAGUAAAACGCGAGGAUGUGGUCAACACACAGUUGCCGCAGAUUAACACAUCAAAGGUCGAUGACCGCUGUCGACGGGCUAUCGAUGAACGAAGACGACUGACCGAUGCGUUUAAAGCCGGCGCCAGUGCCGACGGAAUCAAACUGUGGCUACAGUUGACCAAAACUAUGAGCAGAGAUGUGGUCAUCAGUUGGGACGGCGACAACAUUAUCGUCGACCACAGUGUCCGCAUUGUUUCGCCGUAUAAAGUGGACAACUGUACGCAACUCAAAUCGCGUGGCAAUGGACCGCAAACAUCGUUGAAUUUUACAAAGCGAUUGGUCGAGAAGUUCUGGAACGAUCAGAAGCUGAACGCGACGGUAGCCGCCAAACAGCAACCGACGACAACAACAACAAGCAGUGGUGGCCAAACUGUCAACGCAACGGCCGCAUCGGGACCGACAUCGCCGCCGUCGCAGUCGUCAACGGUCAACAAAAGCGCCACCAAUUCAGCGGUUCAGCCGACGGACAAACCGCCGUUCAAUAACAAAGGCUAACACAAGAUAUAUAUAUUUAUAUAUAUAUA